CAGGCUGGUUUUCCCAAGGAGGCAAAAGGAGCAACUGACGCAGCAGGAAAUGGCUGAAACGGAGGCUUUGGUGGGUGUGACACCACACUCAGAUGACUUCGAUCUGUUUAAAGAACCCGUGAAGAAAAGGCGCAGGUCACAUCGAGACCAGCAGUUCCAAGCAUUUCCCUCUGCUGAGCAAAGCGCUCUUAAGGAAUAUGAAAAACUGGAGUCUCGGACCAGGAGGGUUUUGAGCAACGCUUAUCAGAAGUUGAUUCAGUCUGUCUUCCUAGACGACAGCGUUCCCAGCGGACUCAAGUACCUCAUAAACCGGCUUCUUGCCUUGAUUGAAAAACCCCCACUGGAGCCGGUCUACGUGGGGUUCUUGGGAAACACCGGAGCUGGCAAGAGCUCUCUCAUCAAUGCCCUCAUCCAGCAAGCGAUGUUUCUACCAGUGUCUGGAGAAAGCGUUUGCACAUCCUGCAUCGUACAAGUGAGCUCUGGUUGCUGUGAGCAGUAUAAAGCCAAAAUCCACCUCCUGUCCGACCAGGAGUGGAAGGCAGAGCUGAAGGACUUGACUAGGCUCCUGCACCGAGCUGAGGGGCCCUGGGCAGAGGAGACGGAUAUGUGGGACGAUGCAGCAGAAGAAGCUGCGUGGAAGCUGCAGACGCUCUAUGGCCGUGGGGCAGAAAGGAGGCACUAUGAGGACUUGCUAAGGAUGAAACCCAGAGGGAGGAUUCCCACCUCGAGAACCAUCACUCUCAAGGCAGAGGAGGCUGGAGAGCUGUCUGCCAAGCUAGACCCCUACAUCCGGACUCAGAGGAGAGACUGGGAUGGAGAAUCAGCCGAGACACAAAUCUGGCCUUUGAUCAAAUAUGUGGAAGUGAUUCUUCCCAAAUCUGCACUGAUCCCAGAGGGAGUUGUCCUGGUGGACAUUCCAGGCACAGGUGACUUCAACAGCAAGAGGGAUGAGAUGUGGAGAAAGACUAUCGAUAAGUGUUCUGUGAUCUGGGUGAUCAGCGACAUAGAGCGAGCCUCUGGAGGAAAGGCCCAUGAGGACCUUCUGAACGAGAGCAUCAAAGCCUGCCAGCGUGGCUUCUGCAGGGACAUAGCCUUGGUGGUCACCAAAACCGACAAACUUCAGUUGCAGGAAUAUCUCAGGGAAAGAAAGAUGGGAAAUCAAGCUAUCCGAAGUCAGAGAGAGGCUGUUUUGCAAAGAAAUGAGCUAAUCAAACUACAGAGGACUAGACUUCUCGAGGAGAAACUGAAGAGAAAACUGCCAGCUGACUCGAAGGUUCUGGGAGCCUUGGAUCUAGUGUACACGGUCAGUGCCCAUGAAUACUGGCAGCAGGCCCUCCUUACUGAGGAAGAAAGUGAAAUCCCCAAGUUAAGAGAAUAUAUUAGGAAAAGGCUCCUGGACAAGAAAAGGAGGCUGGUGACCAAGUAUGUGACCGAAGCCUUUGGCCUAUUGCUCCUCACAGACACCUUCAACUCCGAGGAAAGCCUGCUGACUGAACACCUGAGCAUGGGUGGCCUGCGGAGAUUUGUGGAGGAGAAGAUGGAGCUGUUGGAGGAAGCUAUUGAGCAGUGCUUUGCUCGCAUGGAGCAGCCCCUGCAGACGGGGGUCCAGGUGGCCAGGACUUCCUACCGCCGCGUCCUUGGGGCAUGCUUGGUGAGGAGUAGAGGAAACCAAGGUUUUCACCAGACCCUGAAAGCUGUUUGCCUGAAAAAUGGCGUCUAUGCCUCCAGGACUCUGGCCAGAAUAGACCUGAACGAAGCCCUGUCGCAGCCUAUCUAUGACCAGAUCGACCCUGUGUUCGGGACCAUUUUUAGGGACGGGAGGCCCGCCGGCUCUGCUCUGAUGCAGCACAUAGAUGCUUUCAAACACACUCUGGAGGAGAGAAUGGCAGAGACUGGAAUUAGAAGUGGCUGGAAAUACGAUGGACACAAGAGAAGCUUCCUGAUCCAGGAGAUAAGUGCCAUCCUGGGAGGCCUGGAGGGCCACAUCCUCCGAAGGAAGAGGAAGAUCUAUGAGUCUGUCACCAGCUCCAUCCAAAACGACCUGAAGGCCUGCUAUGAAGAGGCAGCUCAGAUCACUGGCAAAAAAGCAUGUGAGAGAAUGAAGGAUGCCAUCAGAAGAGGGGUGGAGCGACAGGUGGCUGAUGGCAUGUUUGAGAGGGCUCAAGAGAGGAUGUGGCACCAGUUCAGACAAUUGAAGCAUGGAAUCAUUGAGAAGGUCAAGAGCAGCAUCACCACCAUGUUGACCCUCGCAGCACCUCAGGGAGACGGUCUCUACAAGGAGCUUGCAGAUGUCAGGAGCGAACAGAAGGAGUUGGAGAAGCUCCACAGAAGUUUGAGGGAGGUUGCCGAGAAUGCGCAGCUGCGGAGGGGCAUGCAAGAUUUCCUCCUGCGAAUGUCCCCGAGCAAAGCAGGCCCCCACGGACCAAAACUUUAGUUUGGGAAGCUUAGAUCUGAAGAGAUGAAAAUAGGCCUGGAGCCAAAUAAACAGAAUUAU